AUGGCAGGUUCAUGCUCUAAUCAUUUUCUCAUUCCUCUUCUCAUUCUUGUCACAUUUACCACAUACAUUACCUCAACCUCGGCUGCCCGGCCGGUGGUGGCCAGAGGAACGAACAACAUCGAGUUCAUCAAAACAUCAUGCAGUUCAACGACUUACCCCAAACUUUGCUACACCACACUUGCAACCCACGCCAGCGUCAUCCAAACAAGCCCUCUGCUUCUAACCCACACUGCCCUCUCGGUGACGCUCAACAACACUCAAUCCACUUACGCAAUGGCGACAAAGCUCUUGCAGAGCCGCAACCUGAGCCCCGGAGAGGUGGCCGCCAUGCACGACUGCGUGGAGGUGCUGGGCGACUCGGUGGACCAGCUGAGGAACUCUCUGGGGGAAAUGAGCCGACUCCAGGGCUCGAAUUUCGAUCUCACGAUGAACGACAUACAGACUUGGGUCAGCGCCGCCAUGACGAACGAGGACACGUGCACUCAAGGAUUUUCCGAAAGUAAGGCGAUCAUCAAACCGGUCAACUGUAAUUAUGGGAGUCGAAUCAACUGCGGCGAUGUGAAAAACGUCCUGAGGGGACAGGUUGUGAAUACCGCACAUUUGACUAGCAAUGCCUUGGCUUUGGUUAACAAUUUGGCUUCUACCCGUGGCUAGGCCCAGCUCGGGAAAUCACUAGUGCUAGUUGCGUACAUGAUUAUAGUAUAAUGCUUAGUUGUGUGUCGAACCGGGAUUCUCUCCAGCCCUCAAUUUACGGUUGCAGGGUCCAAUCCAAGUGUAAGUGUGUGUCGAAUCGUUCAUCUUGUAAUUCCCAGUAUAUGGAUUAUUCGAAAGAAACUCAUAAGUGAUAAGAUUCAUCGAUCACUUACGAGAAAAGAUCCAGGUGUUUGGUCGUAGCGAUAACAUAUUGAUUGGGGAAAUUAGCUUGUUGGUUUCCAUUGUUGUUCAAGUGAACAAUCAUGUUGGCAUUUCAUUGUUGUUUCAGUAAAUAAUGAUGUGAAUUUUUUUU